GCUAAACCAGUUUCCACAAUUAGCUGACUGCACUCUGCGGACAAUUCUCCCUACACGUCUCCCCUCCUACCACCAAAACCCCACCAUUUUCUCCCUCUCCUUAAACCCAAAACUUCCUCCGCUUUCUCUCUCCUCUAUUUUUUAAUGUUUGUAGAAAAACAUCGGAGCUCAAUCAUUGAUCAUUCUUCAAAUUCGUUCCCAAAAUGCGGUUCGUUAAAUCGUUGCAUGGAUUCAAAUCAAAUGAAUCCAACUUGAGGAAUUUCAUAAUUUCAUCAUCUUAUUUGAAGAAUAAUUUCGAUUUAGGGUUAGGGUUUAGUAGUAAUAAUUGCAGUAGUACUAGUAUUAGGAGUAUUGUGACUAGCUGCAGAGCGGUGAUUUUGCCUCGUUUUGGCGGUCCUGAAGUUCUUCAGCUUCGUGACGGUGUCGGUGUUCCUGAUCUCAAGCCUAAUGAGGUCCUUGUUCGUGCUCAUGCCGUAUCAAUUAAUCCUCUUGAUCUUCGGAUGCGAGAAGGUUAUGGACGAUCUGUGUUUGAGCCUCUACUUCCCCUCAUUCUGGGCCGUGAUGUUAGUGGAGAAGUUGCAGCAGUUGGAAGUUCAGUUCGAUCAUUUAGUGUAGGUGAAGAGGUUUUUGGGGCACUGCAUCCAACUGCGCUCAGGGGUACAUAUGCUGACUAUUCCAUCCUUCCAGCCGAAGAAGUUGCAAAAAAACCAGCUGCCAUGAGCCAUGUGGACGCUUGUGCGAUCCCUUUUGCUGCACUUACUGCUUGGCGUGCUCUCAAAAGUACUGCGCGAAUUACUUCAGGGCAAAGAGUGUUAAUUAUUGGAGGUGGAGGGGCUGUUGGUUUUUCUGCAAUUCAGCUAUCAGUGGCAGCUGGUUGCCAUGUGACGACCACUGUUGGCGGGGAGAGUAUAGAACGUGUUUUAGAAGCUGGUGCUGAGAAGGCUGUUGACUGUACCAGUGAGGAUUGUGAAGCAGCAAUUAAGGGGCAUUUUGAUGCUGUUUUGGAUACCAUUGGUAUACCAGAGACUGAAAGACUAGGUGUAAAUAUUUUGAGGAAAGGUGGACAUUACAUGACUUUGCAGGGAGAGGCAGCAUCUUUAUCUGAUCACUAUGGUUUGGCUAUCGGUCUUCCUAUGGCUUCAGCCCUUUUGCUGAAGAAACAAAUUCAAUAUCGGUAUUCGCAUGGAAUAGAGUAUUGGUGGACAUUCAUGAGAGCUGAUUCUGAAGGUUUACAAGAGAUCCGCAGGUUGGCCGAAGAUGGAAAGCUUAGAGUACCAGUUGAAAAGACAUUCCCAAUAGUACAAGUGAGGGAAGCCCAUGAGGCAAAAGAAAAAAGGAUUGUUCCUGGAAAAGUAGUGCUUGAAUUUGAGUGAUUCCUUGUGAUGGGUUUUAACUUUGUCCAACCUGAGUAUUAUGCGAAGAACCUAAAGAUAAUGUGCAGUGCAUGCCGAUCUUGCUUUCUAUAGUAUUAUAUGUUUUUUGGCAAAGUCUCAUCCAAGGUCGAAUAAAGGCAUUUCUCUCUGAACUUGAAGACUGUGAUCUGUGGGGACUUUGAGACUAGUGUCAGGACUCUGAAACUCAGAAUUACCGCCUACUCAACCAUCGACAUUCUGAACCAAAUGUAAAUAAUACUUUUAUUGGUGUGAGAGAAGAAGACUUCUGUUACAAGUUAGAACACGAAAGGUUGGAUUUUAAUACAAAAUAGAAAAUAAAGCAGCUAUAGUUUGACAAGGGAUCAAUCAUCAUUCAUCAAUGUAACAAGUUUUCAACACUGUUCAGUGUGCAAAUUUUGUACAGUACCUGUUUAAGCUGUUGCAUUUUGCAGCUGUUGGGUUAUGUCAUUUUGAUAUUAGUAUUUUGUGUUA